AUGGCGGCAGAAGACGACGAAGUUGACAUAGAAGGGAUAGAAGACGAUGAAAAAACUAUUAAUUACAAAGAUAUUAUUGAAAAUACAUCUGAAAAUCACUUCAAUAGCAGAGUAAAUUUAGAAAACACGACUGGUUCGUUUUACACGGAGUUUUGUGAUUCUACCUCUUGGUGUCUUGAUCCUAACUCGGUUUUGUCCUUAGAACAUUGUGAAGAUGAAAGGAGUAGAGCUAUGAUUGAAAAAAUGAUCAUGGAAGAAGAACUGUAUUCCCAUGGAUAUGGCAGGAUGUUGGAAGUCCCUACAACACCAUUACAAUCAGGAAAGAAUAAGACUUCAUUCUUCAAUAAAAAAGUACAAGUGUCUCCAAAACCAAAGAAAUCCCAUGUGAAUGCUGAAAACCUACCUUCCACUCACAGAAAGCCAUGGACCAAAGAAGAACAAGAACUCUUUGAACAAGGACUGGCCAAGUAUGGCAGGAGCUGGACGCGCAUAGCUGCAAUGAUAGAUUCCCGUACUGUCCUCCAAGUUAAAAACUACGCCAACCAGUAUUUUAAGAAUAAGGACAAGGUGUCAUUACCAUCUCAACCCAUUUCCACCAACAAUGGCACCUCAGAACUUCCCAGAAUCGAAAGUAAUGCCAAGAAAUACAGCACUUCUCCCACCCCUGCUAAAUACUCAUCUGUUACCAUGGAAACCAAGAGUCAAGUAGACACUGGUCCGCUGGUCCAUAUUGAAAAAACAGUCGAUGAAGAUAUUGAGGUUGACAUUGAUGGGGAUUCUGAAGAGGAAACCGUCAAAGUCAAAAAUGAAUCACCUGAUGACGUCUAUGAAGCUCUCUUGAAAACUGUUUCUGCCACAGAGGAUUCGUCGGGCGAUACUGAAGAACCUUUAGAAGACGGGUCAGAUUUGCACGUCAACACAGAAGGACAUGAUAAAGAUGUUGCUAUGGAAACAACAGAGAUCGCUCAAAUAAGUGACAAAAAAGAGAACAUUUUGGAGAAUGAAUACGAGAGCAAUGCCACAAGAGAUACGAUUGAAAAUUCCUUGAAUGUUGAAUGGAAGUCUAACAAUUUUCUCACACCGAUUAGUGAGUCUACUGACACCUUAACCAAUGAAGAUUCUCAAAGAAGUGUUCUAUCGGAAGCCACUCUCGAAACCUCUAAACGUCAUGUUUUAAAAACCGAAAAAAUUGAUUAUAGAACAAGCUUGAAAAUAGAGGAAAAAACCAGUAUUAAUAAUGUGCCGUAUUUAUCAAAAGAACUUGGAAUUUCGGAUGCUUUUUCACAAGAUAUUUGUGCUGGUACGUCGAGAACUAAAGCGUUACAACCUUGUUCAACCGUCGGUGAAGUAACUUCGAAUAUACCUACCACUACCGACGACAAAAGACCUACUUUAGAAGAUAUAAAAAUUGAUGUGGAUUUAAUCUUAGAAAGAGAACAAGUCCAUGACUUGGAAAGAAUGUUUAAUGAGGAAUUUUUUAUGGGACGGUCCUUGAAGACUCCACAACGAUAUAUCAAAAUAAGGAACCAUAUUUUAGAUAUGUGGGAUAAGACCAAACCAAACUAUUUGUACAAAACGUCUGUUCGUUCAGGGUUACGGAACUGUGGUGACGUCAAUUCUAUUGGUCGGGUCCAUGCCUUUCUCGAGGAAAUUGGAGCGAUUAAUGUGGGAUGCUCAGAAAAGCCUAGGACGAGGCCAAGACAAACCUUUGAGGCAGAGAAAAUUGAAGAAACGCCUCCAAUGGAAUCCUGGACGAAUUUCCUUCGCCCCAGGAAGCGUCGGGUGAGAUAUGACGAGGGAGACUGGAUUGAUGAGUCUCAGUCUGAAGGCUUGACGAUAUCGCAUCUCCCCUGUGAAGAAGACGAAGAACCGGCGAAGCAUUCACAAGACAAAGCAACUCAUAAGAAACCAAAACUCCCACGAAACAAAACAUCCUACAACCCGUUCUUAUUGGUGCCUUGUAGGAGGUUCCCGUCAGCCAGUGCGGUCCCAUUUGAAGUGAUCUUCCAAUCAGAUGCCUUAGUUGUGAUAGACGUUCAUUCGCAUUUGUCGACCACUGAAGUAAUUGGCUUGCUAGGUGGAACGUAUUGUGCUACUGAACGAGUGUUGAAGAUUCUUCGUGCAGCUCCUUGCAAAAGUUUAAGUACCGGCAUGCAAUGCGAGAUGGAUCCCGUCUCUCAGACCCAAGCCUCUGAAGAGCUCUCGUCCAUUGGCCUCUCUGUUGUAGGAUGGUAUCACUCGCAUCCGACGUUCGCUCCAAGUCCAUCAGUAAGAGACAUUGAAACACAAGGAAAAUUUCAGGAAUGGUUCGGUAAAGGUGGUGCUCCGUUUAUCGGUGUUAUUGCCAGUCCUUAUAACUACACAAACAUGUCCAACCAAUCACAGAUCACCACCUUGACAGUCAGUGAUGAAUGGGAGACUGCUGGCCAGUACCGAUUGCCGUACCAGUUUGAUUAUAAGAUACGAGAGAAUGUUACUGACUGGAUCAAUGUGGUUGAUUGUAUUGAUGAACUGGAAUUACAGUAUCAGGGCUACAAAUACCGUAUGCCGUUAACAAGGCGCUACAGCUCAUCAUCCUUCACGGCACUCGACAAAUUAGUUGAAUCACUGCGAACUCGCCUACGUGGCUCGGAGGAAGAAAAACAAGAUUUUGUCAAUGAAUUAAAAAACAUUUUUACUUCUGACGUUGAUUCAUGGUCCAUUGAGCGUGGACAAGAGAAUGCAACGAGGAAUGCUGAAGAUGUUCCUACAGUAACUAACGAGAAGGUUGUGACAAGUUGACAGUGGUGAUGGUAGUGAUGGUAAUGAUGAUGAUGAUGAUGAUGAUGAUGAUGCUGAUAAUGGUGAUGAUAGCUAUGAUGAUGUUGCUGUUCUUAAUGAUAGAUUAAAAUGGUGAUGAUGAUGAUAAUGGUGGUGGUGAUGUGAUGAUGAUGAUGAUGAUGUUGGUGGUAAUGAUGAUGAUGAUGGUGAUGAUGAUGGUGAUGUUGGUGAUGAUGAUGAUGAUGAUGGUGAUGAUGAUGAUAAAUUAAGAUGGUGAUUGUGAAAACUGAUGAUGAUGAUGAUGAGGGUAAUAAAGAUGAACAUGGUAAUAAUCAUGAUGGUUCAAUACUACAAACUAAGAUAACACAUGGUGCAAAACCAUGCGACAUUCAGCCUUCACGCUUGUAUUUAAAAUAUCUAUUUAUUAAUUUAUUAAUCUACAAACUGGACAACGAGCUAUUCCAAGAAAUGGCAUUGAAAAUAAAUACAUUAUCAAAUGAA